CCAGAGCCUUCAAGCUGAGAAGUUCAGAGUGCCUCCAAAGAAAUGGGUGAAGAAAUUGAUGUCUUAUUGGAAAAUGAUAGUUGCACCAUCAACGGAAUGGACCAAGAACAACCUGAUGCGAUUUGUAACGAUUCCAAAAUGGAAAUGUUUACUGAGGAAGAGUCAAGUCCAUAUGCGUUUUUGCAAAACUGUAACUUUGUUGGCCUAUGGAUGUGUGUUCUUUAUAAUUUUUGCAUGCUUUUAAUAGUUGUGUCAAUAUUCAUUUACAGACGCUGGAAUUAA